AUGGACCCUGUUGUGAAAAACACCCAGAAGAAGAAGUUGUGGCUCCGCGGUCUGCUUUGGUGGUCGCUCCUGCUCGAGGCGGCGUCGGGAGCUUCCUUCUAUGGCGAUGGCUUUGUUCAGCUUAAGGCAACAGAGUCGUCCGACCAUAACACUCUUCGCAUUAGCUUCCGAACCUCAAGCACCAAAGGCCUGCUGUUUCUCGCCGCUGGCAAGACCGACUACUUCCUACUAGAGCUCCAUGCUGGUCGCCUGCAGUUAAAAGUGGACCUUGGAUUGGGGGAGCGAGUUUUACAUUCAGACAGUGGCACCCAGCUCAACGACCUGGCCUGGCACUCAGUGGAGAUCAGCCAUGUGCAGCAAGAUGUCACUCUGACUGUAGACAAAAACUCUCACACAAGUGUAAAGAUGCCAGGCUCCCAACAUGAUGUCAACAUUUUGGAUGGUCUCUUUGUUGGAGGCUCAGGAGGCCUAGACAGACCUUACCUACCCAGGGACCCCGUCGGCUUCAGAGGCUGCAUGGACCACGUGGUCUUCAAUGAACAUGACCUGCUGUCAUCGCUAAGGCCAUAUACUGGAUUUAAGAACAUCCACGAGGUAUCUCUAGGCUGUAGUCCCCAAUUCUUUGCCACUGAGGAAGACCCGAUCAGCUUCUUCAGUUCCAGAGCUUACAUUUCUCUUCCAACCUGGAACGCCCAGCAGGUAGCAACAUUUGAGUGUGUUGUGCACACUUCAGCCAAGGAGGGAAUUAUAUUGUACAACUCAGCAAGAGAAGGGGACUUUGUGGCUAUGGAAAUUCAAGAAGGCUUGCCAGUGGCUAUCAUUGGUAAAGGUGGAACCAAAACUGAGCUUCGUUCCCUUACAUUCAUCAAUGACGGGAAAUGGCAUUCAAUCAAGUUGCAUUUCAAUUCCAAAAGCCUGGAGCUAACUGUUGAUGAAGAGAUGGUGAAAAACAGCAUUUACUCUCGUUCAAAGGGAAUUCAGUUUAAAGGUUAUCUUUUUGUUGGGGGUAUUGAUGACAGCACCAGAUCAGAAGUCAGAAAGAUGGGUCUUGUCUCUGUUUCUGGAAAGCGCGUCAGAGGAGGUUCCUUCAAGGGAUGUUUAAAGAACAUUGAAAUCAACAGAGCAAAGAUGGGUCUCUCAAAUACUGUAGUAACCAAGGAUAUUUCAGUUGGUUGUGAGCCAGAAAGGGUACCAGAUCUAUCAUCUACUGUCAGCCCAACAAGUACUCCAGCUUCCCUUUUUCACAUGUUGACACCAACACCAUCCCUUUACAUGUCCACCCUUGCAAGGGGUUUGGACAGAAGGUAUGGCUCAAAUUUUAUGCAGCUCAAAAACCUUGUGGUCCAGGAAGGUGGUCGAGCAUCUCUUGAGGCCAAACACAUAAAGGUACUCUUGGACUUUAAGAAGCUUGGGAUUCGACAGUCUCAGAUCAUGUUCAGAAUUCAGGAGCAACCUGUUCGUGGUCAGUUAAGGCUUGAUGUCGAUCAGGAACAGGAAGAGAACACCUUCAGCAUGUUGGAUCUUUGGCAUGGGCGAGUAAUGUAUAUCCAUGGAGGCUCUGAAGAACUGGAUGACUUUUUCAUGUUUUCAAUUUAUUCUAGUAGUAGAAAGCAAGUUCCUGAUUAUCUCAAGGACAACAAGAUGUACCGCUACAAUAUCACUGUGACACCCACCAACGAUGCACCUGAACUUAGUCUCCCUGAAGGAAAUCUCUUUGUUCUGUUGGAACACUCAAAGAAACGCCUCACCACAGAUGUUUUAAAGGCCACAGACAUUGACAGCGACUACUCUAACCUUUUCUUCUCAGUGCUUGGGAACCUAAAUGCUGAUGCAGGAUAUUUGGAAAUAGAAAACCACCUUGGCAAGGCAGUGACCUCUUUCUCAUAUUUAGACUUGGAGGAACUGAGGUGCUAUGUUCACACAGGGGUUCGAAACUCAAGGAUAGUUUUUAGAGUCAGUGAUGGAGAAAAGGUUAGCAACACGGUGGUUCUAAGGGUCAUGGCUGUUGCUCUGGAGUAUAAGAUUGCCAACAACACAGGUCUCCAGAUCGUUCAAGGAGAGGCUGCUAUUAUUGGUUCAAAGCAGCUGGCUGUGCAAACCAAUGCUGUGAAACAAAUUGUAGACAUCCGGUAUGAUGUUAUUGAACCCCCCCAGUAUGGAGAACUCCAGAGACUUCACUCGAGUGGUGAAUGGAGACUGACUGACUCUUUUUCUCAAAGGCUUCUAGAAAAAGACAGACUGAGGUAUGUUAGCUCUUUUCAAGAAAUCCAGACACUCAAUGCCACUGAUUACUUUAAGAGUAAAGUUACUGUGGCUGCGAGGGCAACAACUGAAAUACUCUUCCCAAUCACUGUGAAAUGGGUGAAGUACCACCUGGUGAGAAAUGUUAUGUUACACUUGGACAAAGUUAGAAAAGUGACACUGGACUCUGAGUGUCUUCUUGCCACAGCUGAAGGUGGGGACCUCUCAGAGGAUGACCUUUAUUUUCGGGUUCUGACCGUACCAAAGAAAGGGAAACUCCUGUUGGACACCACAGUCUUGGGAAAGAACUCAACCUUUAGCCAAAGAGAUGUCACAAAUCUGAAAGUACAUUACGAGCUAGUCGACAGGCCUUAUGAAGAUACAAAUGACAGGUUCAAAUUUCAGCUGGUUUCCAAACAUGCUCAGUCACAAAACUACGAAUUCCAGUUUUCUAUCAAAGCUGACGUCAAUAGUGUGUUUAUGAAAAAUGAUGGACUCUCCCUUCUGGAGGGAGAAAGUAAACUCAUCACAAAAGAGGAACUGUUUGCAGAGACUUUGAGCACAAAGGAUAUGUACUACACUGUCAUCAGCAGCCCCAAACAUGGUAAACUAGCCCGUAUUAGUCAGUCCAAUUCCAAUGCUAGCUACAAUCACAUCUUAACCUUUAGUAAUCAGGACAUUUUAGAAGAACGGAUCAUGUACAUCCAUGAUGACAGUGAAACAACUCAAGAUGAGUUCAGUUUUAUUGCCUCCACCAGCCAAGGCUUUAAAUCGUCCAUUGCUGAAGAUGGAAUUGGCUCUAAAGAAGGAAUUUUUAACAUAACUAUUCAGCUGCUCAAUGAUCAAAAGCCUGUACGUGUUAUUGAUAAAGUUUUCCAUGUAGUAAGGGAUGGACAGAGAUUACUCACUAUAGAGGAUUUGCGUUAUCAUGACGCAGACUCUGACUUUGAUGAUGGCCAGUUGAUUUACACUCGACGUGGGAUCCCAAUGGGAGACCUGGUGCUGGUUAAUGACACCACUCAUCGACUGUUCCAGUUUCGACAGAAAGAUUUGGAAGAAAAGAGAGUUUUGUUCACUCACAAAGGUGUGAGCACUGGCAGGUUUGUGCUCUUUGUCUCAGAUGGUAAACAUUUUAUAUCAAGCCUUUUAGACAUCAGUGCACAUGACCCUUUCUUGAAAGUUGGCAUUAACACUGGCCUACUGGUUCAGAAGGGCCACUCAGUAACCUUCUCUACCAGCAAUUUUAGUGUGAUAACAAAUUUGGACAUCCGAGAUGACCAGGAUGUCAUAUACAUGUUGGAUGAGGCUCCUAGGUAUGGUGGACUUUAUCACAAUGACACUAAGGUGGAGUCAUUCUCACAGUCUGUUUUUAAGGAUGGGCUGAUCUCGUACAGGCACCAUGACAGCAAACAUUUGGCUGACUACUUCAACUUAACAGUGAACGCUAAAGGCCUUCGGCUUACAGAGAAGAUCAAAGUCAAGGUUUACCUGGAAAGUCAUCAGAGGCCACCUAUUGUGCAGCAUCAAAACACAUUACUCGUGGAAGAGGGGAAACCAGCAAAACUUGAUGAGACUAUACUGGAGGUCACUCAUGAGGACAACCUGCCAUCUGAGAUUGUAUUCACAGUCACGGCAGCCCCAUCUCACGGCUUUCUCCGGAGUUUUGUGGAAGCCGAGGAGCGCUACAUCGGAACUGAACAGUCCCCUGUCAAGACAUUUACCCAGGAGGACGUUAACAGUGGGAACAUCCAGUACAUGCAGGUGGAGCCCAGCAGAGUCAACGACACAUUCAUCCUCCAUGCCACCAAUGGGGUCACUGAUGUCACUGACAUUAGGAUGUCUGUUGACAUCAUCCCACGCCUCAUCCCACUUCAGGUCUCUGAUUUCACACUAAAUGAGGGAGCCUCGAAGGCACUGACCCAGGACGUGCUCAAAGUUGUCAACCGACACUUUUCUGGAAUUAACUUCCUGUAUAGUUUGACUGAUCCCCCCAAGCAUGGACACAUUGAACACUCCCGACACACCGGUAUACCCUUAACCUCUUUCAGCAGGAGGCAGGUGGAGCAUGAAUUUAUUUACUACGUGCACGACAGCAGUGAAACCUCAUCUGACAACUUCACCAUAGUGGCAAACGACACAGGCCUGAGGAAGCAGAGUGCGGCACAGACGGUGUACAUCCAGGUUACAGCUGUGAACGACGAGCCUCCUGUUAUUAAAGCCAACCGGGUCCUCAGGGUUUGGGUGUCCUCUGUGACUGAGAUCCGGCCGGAGGAUCUGAGAGCGCAGGACCUUGAUAGUCCCCCAGAGGAGCUUCACUUCAUGGUAACCCCACCCAGCAACGGACACCUGGCCCUGAAGAGUGCACCCAUGAAGGCUGUGCUGAACUUCACCCAGGCGCACGUCGACCACGGGCAGCUGCUGUUUGUUCAGAAAGGUGCCAUGUCUGGAGGAUUCAACUUCCAAGUCAAUGACGGCGUGAACUUCACCCCCAGGCAGAUCUUCAGCAUCACUGCCCGAGCCUUAGUCCUCAGUUUAGAGAACAACCGUCCUCUGAAGGUGUUCCCAGGCUCAUCUACACCAAUCACAAACGAGGAUUUACGAGCAGUGACCAAUGACAUCAGCAACACUUCACACCGCAUCGUAACAUUCAGUGUGAUUCGGCAUCCUAAACUGGGGCGCCUGGUGACGAGGCAGCCCGACAACUCCACUGUAGACAUCUCAACUUUCACACAAGACAUGGUGGACAGGAAAGUGGUUUGGUACAUUCAAAACCCCAUAGAGUCAGUGGGCUGGGAAGCCAUGGACUCCAUGACCUUCUCUGUGGCAUCACCACCUUCCUCUCUGGACGGCCAGACUUUCAAAAUAGACAUUUCCUACGAAAAUACUGGACCUGAACACAACACAGUCCUGCUUGCAAACACAGGUGCUGGAGUAACAGAAGGGGAGAGUGUCGUAAUUGAUGAAUCCAAGUUGGAUGCCUCCAACCUGAUGUCGAAGCUGCCGACCAUUCAGCGGAGCAGCCAUGAGGUCUGGUUCCAGGUGACCUCACUGCCUCAGCAUGGUGUUAUAGUGGUGGGCGAGAGAAACCUCACCAAGGAGAAACCUAACUUCUCCCAGUUCAUCAUUAACAAAUAUGGAAUCACGUACAAGCACGACAACUCAGAGACAACCGAUGAUUCUUUUGUAUUUAGUGCAUGGAUAAAUCCUAAGGGCAAAACAGCACAACGCCCUGAAGAUGACUUUGAUGUUGUUGAGGAGCGUUUUAACAUUACAGUCACACCUGUAAAUGAUCAGCCGCCUUUGCUUAAAACCAAAGCUCCAAGUCUGAGGGUGGUGCGGGAUACAAUAGCCCUCAGGCCUGAAAAUCUCAAAGUUGAAGACUUAGACAAUCCUCCUGAUGAUAUUAAAUUCUCUGUGAUAAGUAAGCCAAACAAUGGUUAUCUAGCUUUUAAGGGGAAGUUGAAUGAGUCGGUAGUGAGCUUCACCCAAGCCCAAAUCAAUAAUGGAAGUAUCUUUUUCAUCCAUGAUGGAAGCUCUGUCUCAGGGGUGUUCUACUUCAGUGUGACAGAUGGCCAUCAUAAACCAAUUUAUAAACUUUUCAACCUCGAAGUGGCAGAAAUCACAAUUUCUGUGGUCAACAACACUGGAUUGACACUAGAGCAAGGCAAGACUUCAGUAUCACUGACCCAGGACAACCUUGAUGCUAAUACAAAUGGGAAAAACAAAACUAUUUACUACCAGAUUACAAGGCCUCCAAACUUUGGUAAACUUCUAAAGGACAACCAAGCGGUUAUGCAGUUUGAUCAGGAGGAUCUUCAGACUGGAAGCUUGUCCUACCAUAUGAUCUCCCUGUCCUCUGCAGAGGACAGCUUUGAGUUCACUGCCUUCACUUCAGAGGCAAAUAUGACCGACCAAGUACUCAAUAUAACUGUUCGACCUUUGAUCCAGGUUGCUAAAGGUUUGAAGAUUCCAAAUGGAAUUGAUGUGAAACUCGACACUCAUUUUCUUAACGCCUCGGACCUUGCGAAAAUCAGUAACAGUGACCCAGUAUUUCAAAUUGUCUCCCAUCCCAAGUGUGGGAAGAUGAUUCGGACAAAACCAAAAUUGUCCAGGAAAGCUGUUCCAGUUGAGUCCUUCACCUUUCAGGAGGUGAUGCAGGGAAAGGUAGCCUUCAAACUUGAUGCAAACAUUACUGGAGUUCAAGAGCUAAAUGACUCAUUGGUGUUUGUGUUGACAGCCGAUAACGUCCAACCUGCUAAAGGGGAGUUCCACUUUACAGUUGUUCCGUAUGAUCCAGCACUUUUUCCAACAAUAAAGAGUCCUGUGCCAACAACAUCAACUGCUCCACAGACACCAAUGCAGACUUCGAGAAAUGGAACUGCUUCACCAUUUAUGUCUACAGCUUUCUUUACCACACAGCAACCAAGCCAAAACCACCAAAAGUUCAAGGCACGCAACCGCUGGGGAAACGCUAACAGAACUAGCAUUUUCAGUACAACUCUUGGCAAAACAACUCGUGGACCAGAAGAUUUUCCCUUUAGGAACACACCAGUCCGUGUCGAGUCCUACCCUAAAAAAACGUCCAGUCCACUCCUGGUUAUCUUACCCCUGCUGGCCCUGCUGCUGCUCGUAAUCAUCUUUGUAGUAUUGGUCGUCUUUCUUCGACACCAUAGGGAAAGGAAGCAAAGCACUGCUACACCAAAUGAGCAAACCUCCAGUGGUCUUCCAAACAGUCAGUCCUACCAGGGUCAACCCCAGAGGAGCACAGCAGUUCCCACAGUGACUGUUACUCCAUUAAACCACACUUGUCCCGGUAGCCCUGUUUUUGAUCGUCUAUCACCAGUUAAUCAGAGCUCAGCCUAUAACACUAUUGAUUCAAAUGUGCUUGUGAGUUCGUGGAGUAGUGGUUCCCCUGCUUCAUCGUCCCAAAUCAUUCACAGCGCCACUCCUACUCUGCAGAAGAAUCAGUACUGGGUAUGAUCCUGCAUAAACCAGCUUUGAGCUUUAUGUGUUUGAAAAUACUGUUACAGGUUUUGAUACCAGAUUAAAGUGUUAAGAACUUUGAUGAAACAAUAAUCAGUUGCUGGUUUCUAUCUUAAAGCUGCAUUAAUCUAUAUUUUUGUAUCAAAACUAGAUAAAUUACAGUAUUUUUUUAAGGUUUUGGGUAUUCACUUGUAAUGAGGAACAAAUAGGUAUCACCCCACCUCUGCAGCUUUACAGAGCUUUUAGCCUACUUUAGCUAGUUUUUUUUGGUUUAUAGCGUUUUACUCUAUGGCUCAGUAUCACCUAUGUUGGUCAAACAUUUCAUUUGAAGCAGGAGCAAACUGUAUACAAAUGACAACCAGGCAAAGUUUCAAAACAAAAACAGUUUAGUUACCUGACUGCUGAGGUAGUUUGUCAAGAGUUGGUGGAGUCUUAGCCAGAGCUCAGAUGUCACCGUAUUUCCAGAAGCACAGCUCCAAGGGUAUGAUGAUGUUGAUGUUUGUCAGCUGGAGUAAUUAAGCAUUUAUUGUUAAGUUUUGUAAUAACAAUUUUAUUUGACCACAAUACUGUUCAGUGAAGCCCUUGAUUGAAGCAAGUUUUCUUUACCCCCUAGUGGCCUAAAACUGGUUAAUGCAGCUUUAAGGAUGAAUAAAUAAAAACUGUGGCCAAAGGCCAUUGCAAUACAUUAACCAUCAUUUAGACAGCUUUGGGUAAACACUGGUUUACAAUCCAACACCAAGCACUGCUGUAUAUUUAGUUGGUGAGACAGACUUUGGAAAUGUUGCUAAACAGCUACCAUUAUGGUAAAGUAUGACCUGUGUUUUGUGCCUAAUGUGUGUUUAAUUGCUCAAACUGUCAUCUUGUCCUUAUGCACGUUGAAGUCUCUAUCAGUUAUGGUCAUAAGAUGAUGAUGCUUAUAACAGCUCGACACUGUGAAUUACUAAGACUGACACUGGCACAAAGAUGUAUCGUCUAAGGAUUUCUAUUGAUUGUGCAUAUUUUUUUAUUGCUGUUAUGUAUUAUAUAUUAUAACAUAGCAACUUUUAUAAACUCAGGUAUUUUGUUAACUGCCAUAUAUGUACAUGUUACCUUAAUGAAGGGUUGCAUGUGUUAUGAAUAAUUAAGGUCUUUGUCUAACAUUACCAGACACAAUAUUUUAAAAUCUUAACAUCUGUCUGAAAUGCUUCACAGUAUUGCUGUUUCUUUAAAUGGAACUCUAAAAAUGGCUGGUGUUGUACCACUGUUAAAACAUUUGGUUUAAUCACCCAGAUGAAAUCACACUGGUUAAAAUGUAAGCACUGUUUUUCAAUUGUUUUUUUAAAAUAUUUUAUCAUUCACAGUAUUUAUAUACUUUAAAAAUUGUGCACAAAAAAUUGCUUUCUCAUACCAACUCUCACCUGAAUGAUUUGAAAUCAAAUUGUAAGCAUAUACUGUACUAUUAUCAGUUUCACCUACAGAAUAGAUCUGUUUGUCCAACCACUGUAGAGCGGACCACCCUAUAAUAAUAAUGUUUUAAAUACAGGACAGGAAUGAAUUACCUUGUGUGGUGAGCCAAUAAUUCUCUAGCAGUUGGGCCAGUUGUUGGUUUCUGCGACAAAGAGCUCAUGUAUUUGAAUACUGACAAGACACUGAAAAUGCUUUCCCCUGAAACGAUAGCUGGUAUUUAUUAUAAUUACUAAAACUAAUUAUAGCACUGGGUAACUUGCAUCCUUGGAUUCCUCCAAUUAUCUAUCGUAAGGUCUUGGUUGUUUGACACUGUAAUCAUGUAUCUACUGUAAAUUAAGGUACCUUAUUGACUGACCUUUUCAACAGGCUAUGGGAGAUACGGUCACAAAAAAUACUGUAAACUUAAAGAAAUAACUUUGUACGAAAGAGAAGUGUCCAAUCACUGUGUAUUCCAGUCUCAUCUGAAACUUGCUGUGGAACAAAAGUGUUGUAUUUAUUUAUACCAUAUUUUUAAUAAACCACUUUCAAAAUGUUGGAAAGAAAUUCAUG